CUUAUUAAAUAGAUAUGGAGAAAAAUGUUGACUACCCUCCAAAUUGUAAAGCUAUUGUUGUUGACGAAAAAAAUUCAGUAGAACUCUCAAAAAAUUUGAAAACGCUUGCUGAGAGUUUACAGGCCAUCGAAAGCUCAAGAGAGAACCAGUACACCGCUUUGGCAAAACAUUUGAUUCACGUUAAAUUGGUUCGGCAUUCCUCGAAGGAAGUACGAUUGUUUUGUGCUUGCUGUUUGGUGGAUUUGUUGAGAAUAUGUGCUCCGGAAAAUCCAUUUAACAAAGAUGCGGACUUAAAAGAGUUGAUCUCAUUUUUCAUUCGCGUUCUGCGGGGACUAGAAGAUAUUGAGGGCAGCUCAUAUCAUCGAUACUUUUACGUUCUGGAGUGUCUGGCUGUCUGCAAAUCGUUUCUUCUUAUUGCGAAGCUGAGAUCUUCUGAAACUGCUAUUACGCUUACAGGAAAACUCUUCAAUCUUUUUUUUCAGGUGGUUAGCGAGAGCCACAUGGGAAAGGCACGUAGUCUGAUGUUAGAGGUAAUGAGCAGUCUUGUGAAUCAGACUAACUGUAUGGACAAUGAAAUUCUGGAGCUCAUAUAUCAGCACAUCUUGCCUCCUUUCAAACAUCAGAAGCCUUGCGCAUACUCACUAGCCGCAGAUUUAUUACGCCUCACAUCAAAUGCAAUAGAAAGUCAUGUUCUCAAUUUCUUCAACGAUGUCUUGUCACCUCUGAAUGAAGGCGACGCAGAUGACAGCUUCAUCACACCAUCAAAGACACCCAGAAGUUCAUCUAAGAAUGGAGGAGAGUCAGACGGGACUAGGAAGAGGAACUCGUUGACAGUGCAGAGGAUAUAUGAUCUGAUGUACGAGGUGUAUGCCACUGCGCCUGCCACUCUCUCUUCAGUGCUGCCUCUCAUUGAGAUGAAGUUGAAGAGUCUCGAAGUCGAUGACAGGCUGCUGGCUGUGCAGUGUCUCGGCAAGAUGUUUGGCCAUGAAAACAGCCAACUAUAUCUGGACAACCAGAACCUCUGGUCUGGAUUUUUGUCCAGGUGUCGGGAUGCCAGUGCUGAAGUACGGAUGAAGUUUCUAAAGUGCGUUCCGGCUAUACUGGAACAUCACAAUGAAGACAUAGGUCCAGAUGUGACCUCGGCGUUGAGCAAGUUGGCACGUGACACCAGCUCCGAUCUGAGGAAGGAGACGAUGAAAGUGAUUGAGCAGAUUGGCUUCGUCAGUUUCUCAUUGGUCAAUUCUGAGUUGUUGGCUCUUGUGAGAGACAGAACACGUGACACUAAUUGGGCUGUGAGGAAGGCUGCGAUGAAUGCUGGCGCCAACUGGUAUCACCAACUGUGCUCAUUAUCAUCGUCAUCUUCCGCAGAAAUAACUGGCUCCGAAGUCUGGUCCCAAAACUCACCUCGUGUCAAGUUGUCCUGGGUAGUGCCGAAACUAUUGGCUAAUUACUUGUCAACCGAUGCGGUCGAGAAGAGCUACGUAGAUGAGCUCUUAUUCUCAAAAGUGUUCGCAGAUUAUUAUUCAAACUCGGACAUUUCAAGUGUGAGGUUUCUCGAAAUUUUCCUCGAAGUCGAUGAUCAGAGCUUUCAGGUGCUGCAGAAGUUGUUGAAGUACGAUAAACUAUUGACUAAAAUUGGAUUCAGUGGAAAAAUAGGUGAAGAUUUGAUCGCGAAUAUCUGUGCUUUUCUCAUGCGUCCGGAUAAAAGUGACUUUAAUCGGAACUACUACUACAAAGACGAAAUUUUGGAUCCUAAAUUAGACGAAAGAGAUUUGAGAAACUCCUUCGAUGAUAAUGAUUCGUUGUUUGCUAUCAGUUCAAGUGAUGACAAGAAGUUGCGAGCUCUAUUGAUGGUUGAAUGUUUGUUUUAUGCUUACCCCGAUUUGUUCACCUCCGUUUCAUGUGUUGAGCAUUUGGAGAGGUUUCUCAGAUUUGCGAUUAUUGGAAGAGCUAAAGUGACUUGCGACGUUUUAAAACAUGUUUUGAAGUCUUUAGCAAUUGUCUGCAAAUACGUACAAGAAAAAACUAAAGAAAACAACAAUGAAGAAGAAAUCAUGUCAGAAGAAUUCAACAGGGCGAAAAAUAGUUUGCUCGAAUCUUCGAAUUCAAUUCUGGAGCACUCGAAUGAUGCCAAACUCUGCAAGUAUUCUGUAAUUCUGUGCUGUGGUCUAGUAACUGAAUCUGUCGAAAGAACCUCAAUGUUUUCAAAACUGUUCAAAAAGCUGACUGGCAAUAUUUCGUUGACUUGCUGCAAUUUGUUGGGUAUUUUGGGAGCUACUACACAAUUAGCUUUCGCGGGGGCUUUUGAGUUGCACAAUGAAUUACAAAAAUUCAUCUCGGCUUUUGUGACUAAAAAGUUACUGGCGUCGGAUAUUUCGGAUUUGAAAGAAGAUGAUCAAGAUAAGUUAAUUUGUGCCAAAGUGUACGGGUUGAAGUUAAUCACAAGAUGGCUGCUUGGCCUUAAAGGCUCCAAUCUGCGACUUGCUGAGUCCAGUUUGAAAAUGUUCGCAACUGGUAUUAUAAACGGAGGUUCGUUUUCAGAACCGACCGAGAAUAAUUCGGGACCUCCUGAGGUCGAAAAGGAAUAUAUAGCCAUUAGACUAACUGCUGCCAAAAUGAUGCUUAAACUGAGCACAUUAAAUGCAUAUGCCAAUAUUAUCUCGGCAGACCAAUUUAACGUGGUAGCUUCUGUGAUUCUGGAUCCUCUAGAGGAAGUGAGAGCAUCUUUUGCGGCGAAACUCGACAAGCAUUUUAUGGCACAAAAGUUACCUUUGAAGUUUCUCGCUAUUUUCGCUUUUUGUGGUCGAGAGCCAAAUAGUGAUCUGAAAGAGAAGUUGCACUCAUACUUGAAACGAAAUCUAGCGAAGAGGAAACAAAUUUUGAAAAAUACAAAAAUAUUCCAGAAGAAUUUUGAAGUUAAUGCUAGUGUUGAUAUUCAAAAGAUUAAAAGACAGUCUUUGUUUUCUAAUCUCGAUGACGUGAUGUUGUAUGUUGUACAUUUACUUGCACAUUUCCACGAAUUCGAUUCCUUAAAAAAUCUGGAAGUUCUCAAAGCUUUGAAAGAUUGCGUGUGGUUUGUCCUGCAGAUUUUGAUGUAUGAUUUAGACCAUUUUUCCUACACGUAUCAUAAAUUUAUGCUAGACAGUUUAAAAAAUUGUCAAGAUGCAACAACUGAAUCGGGUGAUAAAGAAAGUAAUGAGAAGUUAUACGCGGUAUGUGACUUGGCUUUGACUUUGCUGAAUGCAAGAGUGAAAUUGUUCGACUCGAUUUCCAUUUCGGAGCUGAAUUUGUCGAUUCCGACCAAACUGUACAGAGUGAUUGAGGACGGGAAGAGAAUGAAUUCGAAGCUGUACAUUCCGGCUAGUCUGACUGAGAAGCCGAAGACCAUUCUGGACUCAUCCGCUGCGUCAUCAUUGGCAGAAAAGAACAAGAAGAAACAAAAAGUCAAACACUUGAUAAAAGACGAUGCCAGGUCUGAAGACAGUAAAGAUGCAGAUGAGGCUGGUUCCAAAUCAAGGCGAAAGCAACAGACCAAAAUCAGCGACCACGUGGUUACUUCAUUUAUGGCUCCGAAGAACAAAAUUGGCGACAAACGUGGGAAGAAGAAGUUCAAUCUGUCCUCGACUGAAGAAGAUGACAAACAGAAAGAUGGGAGGGAGUCGGAGUUGUCGGAGGACAAUGACACUGGGUCACCUGACUUCAAGUGCAGAAUCAGUGGGAGCAGAAAGAGAGGCAGGCCAGAGCAGGCAUCGAAGAGUGACCAGUCGGAGGAUGAAGAUGACAGAAAGGUGUACUUUACCCGAACGCGAAACAGUUCGAAGACAAAACUAUCAAGGUUCAAAUCUCCCACACGAAGCCCAAAUACUGAAGAGGACAAUGAGAAAGAAAACGAGCAACUGAGCGGCCAAUUGAGUAAUUCUCCAUCAUCGAACAAAAGAACACCCAGUGUGUCGAGAAAUGGUUCACGAGGGACUCCUGCGAACACACCCAAGAAGGACGAAGAGAAUCAGAAGACGGGUAGACAGGAAGAUGAAGGCAAGGAAGGGCAAUCGAAAACAAGACCGAGCAGGCUUCAAACCAAUUCAAGGAAUACUGAAAGCGAAAAAGAUCACAAGUCAACAACAAGCUCGACUUCAAAGUCGGAAACAAAACAUUUGAUGCCAGAUAAAAAGCAAUCUAAAUUGACCAACAUGUUAUCCGGAAAAAGUGGUAGAAACACUAGAACUUCAGCACUCAUGAUUUCAAGCUCUGCAGUCGUUGAACCUGAGCUAUUGGCGAAGAAAGCUCAACAACUUACUCCCAAAGACUUUCAGAAGAGCGGAUCAAAGAAAAGCGAAGUACCGAUUACAGGAAAACGAGUUACAAGAACACGAGGAGUUGUCUCUGAAUACGAUGAAUCAGAUACUUCAAAAGCAAGUCAGUCAACGCCGAAGAACAAAGCCAGAAAAAUUCAAAAACUCGAUAGCACACCGUCUAGUGAUGUUAAUUCACCCGCGUCUCUGAUCGAAACCGGGACACCCUCGAACCGAACCAGGAACAGGAUGAAGUCUGUAGCCGCCAUUUAAUUGAUGGUUGAACGCACUUCGGUGUAGAAAACUUGCAGAAAUUUCAACUACUUAAUAUUAUCUUAGUCCAAUUUGUUUGUGCGUUUUGCGUUUUUUGAUAUAUCAAGGUUUUGAUUUAUAAAAAUUGUGAACUUUUGUAUGCUUUCAUUUUCGAUAUAUUUUUGUGUGCCUUAUGAUCUAUAAUAUUAGAAUUUGAAUUUGUUCAUUUCACCACGAGAAUAAUUUCCAUGACUACAAGAUUGGAUAUUUCACGC